AUGGAUACUUUUGGAUCAAAAUGUAAAUCCCUAGACGAUAAUUUGCCUUCAUCAGAAUUCGAUAAACAAUUUAGACAAUCUAUAAACUUAGACACAUUGGAAAAUGCUGCUUUAUAUAAAGAAAACAAAGUUAAUAUUGUAAAUUGGUUACAGAAUUUUACCACACAAUUUUCACAUUAUUAUAACAAAGAAUCUGUAAAAUGGCAUAAAAAUAUUCAUGGUAAACGAUGUAGAGAUUUAAAUUAUUAUGUAGAUUAUAUAAUAGAUUUAAUAAGCGAGUUAGAAUUUAAGGGUAACCGUGGAAAAAGGGUUAAAGCAUCGAAAACGGAAAUUGAUACUGUAAAACAAUCUAUGAAAUCAUUAUUUAAACAUUCUGAUAAAUUUAAAUGUGAUAGAGAGGAGGAGGAUUAUGUAAAGCGAAUACCCAUAAAAAAGGAUUUAGAUGAUUUCUGUGAAAAUAGGGAUUACUUAUAUGGAUAUUUAGAUAAUAGUAAUAAAGAUUGUGAUCGAUUAACAACAUAUGUGAAAGAAAAAUAUGAUUUUUUUUUUAAUGAGAACACAUGCAUUUUGGAUCCUAAUAAUGGAAAUGAAAAGCCUUUAAAGAUUAAUGAUAAUUGUACAUUGUAUGACAUUCCUAAAACAUUUUCUUAUGGCCAUUGCAGCAAUGAUGAAAUGCCACAUAGAAUCAAAUCUAUACCGCACUGUCCAGCGGCGGAAACAUUUACUUUUGGCAAAUUUCUACAAUACAUAAGUGACUAUAUGCAGUAUAUUCCUGGUAUAUCAUUUAUCCAAGAUAAUUUACUCUACGUUGGAAUAGGAGUUGGAGGUGCUUUAACACUUUUCUUUGUGAUAUAUAAGGUAUAA